AUGAAGACAGAACAGGAUCCAUCGACACCAAUGACGACUUUCUCAGCUGCCCAAUGGGGCCCUACCCAAAUUCCAAUUGAUCCCGCAUUGCAACAACAGUCGCAGCAAGCAACAUCCACUUAUCCACAUUACCAGACGUACCAGCAUUAUCCGCAGGCCUCGUAUAGCCACUACCAGCAAUAUGCACCCCCGCAGACAGCACAACAGAUACAAUCCCAGGCAGUAGCGCCCACCUCACGCCAAGCCGCGCAGUCCAAUGCAAUGGACACGGCUGACAUUGCGACACUGAACGAUGCGCUUGGCAGCGCGGGGGUAGAUCUCAGGGCCGAGGAAGAGACCCUCCACCGAACAUAUGACCAGUUCCAACAGUCCUACCGGCCGUACGAAGACCGCACGCGCACGCAGCCCGCAGCGCCAAAUUUUAACACUCAAUACCUCGGCACGACGAUGCGCGCAGUAGGCACACAACACAAAGUAACCAAGGUGCCGGAGGACUCUGUCAACUACAUGGCGCUCGCGCUUCGCGCGCGACUGCAGGACCUCAUCGUUGCAAUGGUUGCCGCCUCCGAGCACCGCACCGACACGCAGUUCGACCGCCCCGCGUCACACUACGCCGACGGCAGCCCGAUGUGGAGCAUUGUUAUCCGCAGCGACGUGGGCAAGCAGUUGGCCGCAAUAGAGAAGGUCGAGCGCGACGAGGAAGUGCGCGUACGGCGUGAGCGGAAGGAGCGGGCGGAGGCGGCAGCAGCGCAGCAUGCAGCCCUUGCCGCGCAGGCGGGCGCUGGCAUGGGUGUGGACGGUGGAUUCGACGAUGAGGGUGCGCCGAAGAAGAAGAAAAAGAAGGAAGGUCCUGGGGUCACCGCCCGCAACAUGUCGGAGGAUGUGCGCAAGAAGAUGUCGAAUGCGGUCGCGAGCCAAGCUGCGGGACUGGGAACGGGUAAGUAUGCGUGGAUGACCGCCGCUAAUGCCAAUGCAUCUGUGCCGGCCAAGCCCAAACCUACUGCGACAGCGAGCGCAGGCAGUUCUGGCGGCGCGAAUACACCCGCAUCAGCAGCAGCUCCUGCGGCGGGUUCCACCGCCACCGCUGGAGGAUGGGCACGGCCGUAUGUUCCUACGAGACCAAGCCAACAACAAAUGCCGCAGAGGGAGGACCUGCGGCGGGCAAUCACGUUGCGGGACGCGAUGUUUGUAAUCGAGAAAGAGAGGGGACACGGAGGAGGGCGUGGUUCUGCGACAGGAUGGACAUGA